AUGCGGGUCCUGAGCCUCCCCACCCUCAUCCUGCUGCUCUCAGGGGCGCUGGUCCUGACCCCCAGCUGGGCCGAGGAAGGCUGCGCUCCCGCCGGCUGCCCUCUAGGCGGGGCUGACCGCGGGGCGGGGUCAGGGUCUCACACCUUCCAGAGGAUGAUUGGCUGCGACCUGGGACCCGACGGGCGCCUCCUCCGCGGGUACCUGCAAUACGCGUAUGACGGCGCCGACUACAUCGCCCUGAACGAGGACCUGACCUCCUGGACCACAGCCGACAUGGCGGCUCAGAUCACCAGGCGCAAGUGGGAGGCGGCCGGUGGGGCAGAGCUUGUGAGGAGCUACCUGGAGGGGGAGUGCAUGGAGUGGCUCCAAAUUCACCUGGAGAAAGGGAAGGAGACCCUGCAGCGCACAGACCCUCCAAAGACACACGUGACCCACCACCCUGUCUCUGAGCAUGAGGUCACCCUGAGGUGCUGGGCGCUGGGCUUCUACCCUGCGGACAUCAGCCUGACCUGGCAGCGUGACGGGGAGGACCAGACCCAGGACAUGGAGCUGGUGGAGACCAGGCCUGCGGGCGACGGGACCUUCCAGAAGUGGGCGGCCGUGAGGGUGCCCCCUGGAGAGGAGCAGAGAUACACGUGCCAUGUGCAGCACGAGGGGCUGCCUGAGCCCCUGACCCUGAGAUGGGGUGGGAAAGGAGGGAGCUACGCUCAGGCUGCCAGCAGUGACAGCGCCCAGGGCUCUGAUGGGUCUCUCUCGGCUUCUAAAGCGUGAGGCAGCUGCCUCGUGGGGACUAAGUGAUGGAAGAUGUGUUCACGCUCCCACUUCCUGGCUCAAGAACCUCUUAUUGGGGGGCUGUCCCCACCCUGCUCUCCACACUUUCCUGUUGCAGAGUCGGGCUGGGCCCUCCCCAUCAUGCCUUUACUCCCUGGGGCUCUGAGCUGCCACUUCCUGCUCCGUAUUGAAAAUAGACUCUGAUGUUACUGUG